UUGCUUUUUAUGACAGAUGUUUUGCGCGAUAAAUUUGCUUUGUUAAUUUGUAUGAAUAAUAGUUUCGUGAGCGUUAUUUGAGAAAUAAACAAUUAAUAUAUACGCUUGCGAUUGUAUCAUUGAUUAAAAGUGAAUAUUUUUCAUCAAAUGACUAACGAUCAAGAAAGUCAAAUAUCCAAAAAUAUUUUGAAGUAAAAAUUCGGAGCCAGCUGUCUUCACCAUCACAACGGACCGCGAAUACGAAACAUCCGGGCUGAGGUAUUGAUAGUGUAGUGGUGAUUGAAUAAUAAUAUUUAAACUACUCGUGAUAAAGGUCGAAUAUUUGUGAAAAUGGCAAAGACCUAUGAUUAUUUAUUUAAACUACUACUGAUCGGAGAUUCGGGCGUCGGCAAAACUUGUGUAUUAUUCAGAUUUUCCGAAGAUGCAUUCAAUACGACCUUCAUCUCUACUAUUGGAAUUGAUUUUAAAAUUCGUACAAUCGAGUUAGAUGGCAAGAAGAUUAAAUUGCAAAUAUGGGAUACCGCUGGACAAGAAAGGUUUCGUACAAUAACAACGGCAUAUUAUCGUGGUGCUAUGGGAAUAAUGUUAGUGUAUGAUGUUACAAAUGAAAAAAGCUUUGAAAAUAUAAAAAAUUGGAUUCGUAAUAUAGAAGAAAAUGCAUCUGCUGAGGUAGAGAAGAUGUUAUUAGGCAAUAAGUGUGAACUUACAGACAAGAGACAAGUAUCAAAGGAACGAGGUGAACAACUUGCAGUUGAAUAUGGUAUUAAAUUUAUGGAAACAUCCGCAAAAUCUAGUAUCAAUGUUGAAGAGGCAUUUUAUACUUUGGCACGUGACAUUAAAGCUAAAAUGGAGAAGAAAUUGAAGGAAGCAUCAAAUCCACCUAAAGGUGGUGGUCAUCAGUUGAAAGCAUCGGAACCACAAAGGAAACCACCAAGUUGGUUAGCUCGCUGUUCUAUACUCUGACCCCCUAAAUAUUUACGACCUUUGAAUGAGGCCAACUUGUCUAUUAUUAUUAAUUACUUACAUACAUUUCGUCGAACAAAUUUAACGUUCUACGAGGCUUCAUAUUGUCCAGUAAUUGGGCUCUGUGAUUUUACACCUUGAUAAUGGACAUUGACUGUGUUUUUAUAAUCAUUAACAUUAAAUAAUUUCUUACUGAGAAAACCAUUAGAGGAGAAAUUGUCAAAACUAUUUCAGUUGGUUUUUCUGUGUCGUUAAUGAUUAUAUUUUUUUAUAAAGAGGAAAUAGAAAAACAUGUAAUGUACACAUUUGAAAUGGAAAUAUUUUUUCAACUACAUUUUUGUAUUAUCUUUUAUUAUAAUCUUAUCGAUAAGUAAUUUGUGAAAUAAUAUUGUUGUGAAGUUUGUGAUAUUUACAGCAAAGAAAUUCAUAAAGUGACAAGUCUCAUAUUAUUUUUAACAUUUCAUUGUGCUUCUGUGAUUGUUUCUCCUCUGGUGUUGUUAUGUAAAGAAGGGAUACAAUGGAAUCAAUAUUAAAGAACCAAUACUAAAUGUGAAAUGCAAGUAUAAACUACUUCGCUUUAAUAUUGGGGGAAUAUCAUUUUUAUAAGACGCACGAAACGCAUUCUUUUACAUCAAAUAUUUUUGUGUUCCUGUUAUUAAAAAACAUAUAUCUAUACAUUUAGAAGGAAGGAUCACUGUGCAAAACCACAUAUAAUGAGUAAUAAAGUAAGGUUAACCAGUAUAAAAAUCACAA